AAACAAUCCUGACAACCCUGGUCGGAUAACAACAAAAGAAAAGGCCCACAACAUCUGUGAAAAUAUACAAAAAACAGUCGCGAUAAUAAUCCACAAAAAAGAACACCAUGGAACUUCCAGACACCUACUACAGCAAGGAUGAAUACGUUGAGACGGCCUCCGGAAACAAGGUGAGCCGCCACACGGUGCUCUGCGGCUCCCAGAACAUCGUCCUCAAUGGCAAAGUGAUCGUUCAGAGCGGAGCUAUUAUUCGCGGGGAUCUGGCCAAUGUGCGAGCCGGUCGGUACUGCGUGAUUAGCAAGGACUCUGUAAUCCGACCACCUUACAAACAAUUCAGCAAAGGCAUCGCCUUCUUUCCCAUGCACAUAGGCGAUCAUGUCUUCAUUGGUGAGGGUGCCGUCGUCUCAGCGGCCACAAUAGGUUCCUGUGUCUACAUUGGAAAGAAUGCUAUUAUUGGCCGGCGAUGCACACUCAAGGAUUGUUGUGUGAUUGAAGACGGCGCUGUGCUGCCACCAGAAACCACAGUGUCCAGUUACAUGCGCUACACUAAGAAAGGCACCAUCGAAGGGGGUCAGGGAAAUCCGUACUUCGUGCCAGCCGCCAUGCAGGAAGAGAUGAUCAACUACACUAAAUCAUUCUACGAGCAUUUCGUCCGCACCCCUGCUCCGGCGAGCUGAAAAUAGAAGUUAAUAAAUGCAAGUUCCGGGCUUAUCCUUCACCAAAGUGAAGCUGGACACUUGGCUUGAAAAGUUGGCUCCAUAAGCUCUAGAAAUAUUGAAAGUGAAUACCGAAACUGCUUAAUUUUUUACAUUAUUUAUGAGAUAAAUAUAUAAGUAUUCUACAAUUAA